CACAUCACCUUCGCCCCAUCAUCUCAAUCCUUUUUUUUUGAAAAAAGAAAAAGGAUUGCUUUGCUGUGUGGAACUCUUUCUGGAAUCAACCAUUAUCAGCUCCGCCGCAUUUCAAUGGAGUCUGCUCGCUAUCUCGCCGCGGUUUCCAUUCCCGUUGCCAAGCCUAUCACAGAGCUGUGGUCGUCUUCUUCGUCUGUUCUCCACGCUCCCUCUUCUCUUCGGUCCAAACCUCGUGGGCUUUCCGUCUUCGCCAAAUUUCACGGAGUCUCGCAUAAAGCAAAGGCGCAAUCAAGAGAGGCUGAGGUGAGUCCAGUCGAAGAUACAUUUUCUAAUUUCAAGCAUCUCCUUCUGCCCGUGACGGAUCGGAAUCCUUAUCUUUCCGAAGGGACGCGACAGGCUGCUGCUACAACAACUAGUUUGGCAAAGAAGUAUGGAGCUGAUAUUACUGUUGUGUUAAUCGAUGAACAAAAGAGCGAUUCGCUGCCUGAGCAUGAGACACAAGUAUCAAGCAUCCGCUGGCAUCUAUCUGAAGGUGGGUUCAAGGAGUUCAGGCUGUUGGAGCGGCUUGGGGGAGGGAAGAAGCCGGUAGGGGAGGUGGCGGACGACCUAAGCUUGGAUCUAGUGGUGAUGAGCAUGGAAGCCAUCCACUCUAAGCACGUUGAUGCCAAUUUACUCGCUGAGUUCAUCCCAUGCCCUGUCCUGCUCUUACCCUUGUGACUCUCCCAUCUCAGGUUUCGUCUGUUGUUUCCGUGAAUUAAAAAAAAUAAAAUAAAAAGAUACAUCAUUGUACUUUAAAUAGCAAUUAUCAGUUGUGUUAUCAUUCA